AUGUACCAGACCCUGAUCCACAUCUCCUCCUCUGAACAAGCUCUGAGCUUCACACUGUGGAGCAUUUCCAGAAAACCCGAGGCAACAUUUCUCCUCGUGUCCUUCAGCUCCCCCAUCACCAACGAAACACUGAUACCCGUGUGCUUCCACCGAGGGCAAGGAACACCGCGGCCAGGCCAGACCCCUCUCUGCGGCUGCUCCUCGGGCUCCGGAGCUGCAGCUUUUCCCUUUGCCAACGGGAUCUCUCCAGGACUCGGCAGAGGACAGGGGAAGGAGGGCACGCUCAGCACGGGCAGGAAGAAAGGAAAGGCAUCUGAACACAAGGAUCAGCUCUCCAGGCUGAAGGACAGAGACCCUGAAUUCUACAAGUUUCUGGAGGAAAACGAUCGCACGUUGCUGGAUUUUGAUGCCUCAGACAGUUCUGAUGAGGAGGAGCCACUGCACAGACCCCCUGAUACGCUGGAGGAAGCAAGCGAUGAAGAUGAUGAGGAAGAGGAAGAACAAGAAAAAGUCAAAAGGAAGAGAGUUUCUUUCAUCUCUGUGAGCCUGAAAAUGGUUGAAGACUGGAAAAAAGCUGCACAGAGAAAUCUGACACCAAGGCUCUUCCAUGAAAUCACUCAAGCCUAUAAAGCAGCUGUAGCCACCACCAAAGGAGACAGCGGGGGUGAUCCCAGCAAGUUCCAAGUGACUGAUACUGCAGUGUUCAAUGCCCUUGUGUCCUUCUGUAUCCGGGACCUCUUCCACUACCUGCAGGAGCUGCUGCUUCCCAGAGCCCCAAAGAAGAAAGCCAAGAUGGUUCUCCCUUCCACCAGCCCGCUCUGGGGCAAACUGCGACUGGACAUAAAAGUGUACCUUGGCUGUACCAUACAACUCCUGUCCUGUUUGACAGAAGCCUCGGUUGGUGCAGCGGUGCUUCAGCACGUCAACUCCAUAGUGCCUUAUUAUUUAUCCUUCCCAAAGCAGUGCCGUGCCCUUCUCAAGCAAACAAUUACUUUGUGGAGCACAGGUGAGGAAACAGUGAGAGUCUUGGCCUUCCUUGUGCUGAACAAGUUCUGCCGCUACAAGAAGGAGGUUUACUUAAGUCCCUUGCUCAAGCAAAUGUACAUUGCCUUUGUGAAGAACUCCAGAUUCACCUCUCCCAACGUCCUGCCCAUGAUCAACUUCAUGCAGCGCACCCUGACGGAGAUGUACGCCCUGGACACCCACACCUCCUACCAGCACGCCUUCAUCUACAUCCGCCAGCUUGCCAUCCACCUGCGCAGCGCCAUGACCAUCAAGAAGAAGGAGAACUUCCAGUCUGUUUAUAACUGGCAGUAUAUCCACUGCCUGUACUUCUGGUGUCGUGUUCUCAGCACCAUCUAUCCCAGUGAGGUCAUGGAGCCCUUAAUCUAUCCUUUGACACAGGUCAUCAUUGGCUGUAUAAAGCUGGUACCCACGAACCGUUUCUACCCUCUGCGCAUGCACUGCAUCCGUGCCCUUACCCUGCUGUCUGAGAACACCAGGACCUUCAUCCCAGUGUUGCCAUUUAUCCUGGAGGUCUUUCAACAAGUGGAUUUCAACAAGAAGCCAGGGAGAAUGAGUUCUAAGCCUAUAAACUUUGCCGUGAUCUUGAAGCUUUCCAAUGCCAACCUGCAGGAAAAGGCCUUCAGAGAUGGACUCAUUGACCAGCUCUAUGACCUGAUGCUCGAGUACCUCCACAGCCAAGCCCACAGCAUUGGGUUCCCGGAGCUGGUUCUCCCCACUGUCAUUCAGCUGAAAUCCUUCCUGAAGGAGUGCAAGGUUGCCAACUACUGCAAGCCCAUCCGGCAGCUCUUGGAGAAGCUGCAGGAAAACUCUGCCUACAUCUCCAGCAAGCGCCAGAGAGCCGCCUUCGGCGUGGCCAGCAGGGAGGCUGUGGAACAAUGGGAGAAACAGGUCAAAGAGGAGGGGACCCCUCUGACCAAGUAUUACACUCAGUGGAAGAAGCUGAGAGAGAAGGAGAUACAACUGGAAAUCAGUGGCAAAGAAAGGCUUGAAGACUUGAACUUCCCAGAAAUCAAGCGUAAGAAGCACGAUGAAAGAAAGGAGGAAGAUAAGAAGGAAUUCAAGGACCUCUUCGAGAUGGACAGUGACUCUGAUGAGGAGAAUAGUGGAUUCUCUGUAAAAGGUAAAGGCAAAGCCAAGCAGGCAUCAGAUGACAGCUCAGAAGAGAGCAGCAAGGAGUAUGGUGAGGAUGAUGACGACGAAGAAGGGAGUUACGAAAUCGAGGAGGAGGAGGAUGAGGAAGAACUGGGAGAAGACAGUGAGUCAGAUGAGGAAGGCAGGGAAGGCGCUCAGGAUUCCCAAGGGCCAGGGAAGCAGAGGAGCUGCCCCCGAGGGAUGUCGCGCUCCGACCUGGAUCAGCUCGCCCAGGGGGGGGAGGACAUCGUGGAGGACCUGGCGUUCUCAGAUGAUGACUGAGCUCCCUCACAGCCUCCCUUCCACGCUGACCCCCUACAGACUGCACUCCCUGAGCCUUCAGCACCUGGAGCAGGGGGUAAGAGCCGGGAACACGGCGGGUGGGAGCCCCAGGUGCCACCAAGGACUCGCUCAGUGACGUGGCGGAGACGCAACUUGGGACUCUUUUUUUCUACCACUCACGUUUUUGGUAACAAUAAAAGUAUGGUCAUGUCAA